AUGGAAGAACAGCAACCGGAACCUAAAAGUCAGCGCGACUCGGGCCUCGGCGCGGCGGCGGUGGCGGCGGCCUCGGGCAGCCUGAGCCUGAGCUUGAGCCCCGGCGCCAGCGGCGGCGUGGGGAGCCCAGGCGCACAGGGUGCCAAGUACCCGGAGCACAGCAACCCGGCCAUCCUGCUUAUGGGUUCUGCCAACGGUGGGCCCGUGGUCAAAACUGACUCGCAGCAGCCCCUGGUCUGGCCCGCCUGGGUCUACUGCACGCGCUACUCGGAUCGUCCGUCCUCCGGUCCGCGCACCAGGAAACUGAAGAAGAAGAAGAACGAGAAGGAGGACAAGCGGCCGCGGACGGCGUUCACGGCCGAGCAGCUGCAGAGACUCAAGGCCGAGUUCCAGACCAACCGCUACCUGACGGAGCAGCGGCGCCAGAGCCUGGCCCAGGACCUCGGCCUCAACGAGUCGCAGAUCAAGAUCUGGUUCCAGAACAAGCGCGCCAAGAUCAAGAAAGCCACGGGCAUCAAGAAUGGCCUGGCGCUGCACCUCAUGGCACAGGGACUGUACAACCACUCUACCACCACCGUCCAGGACAAAGACGAGAGCGAGUAG